UGCUGAUUUAUUCCGAUAUACGGACUGCUCUACGGUGGUCUUUGCAAUCCUACUCUCAUUACUUGGACAAGUAUUCGAGACUUCAGCAGAGAAUGAACAGGAUGGUGAAAGUGAUAUUGUCAAAGUCACUGUUCGAUCGAUCAUGGGCACAUCAAUCACUACUUCGUGGUCACGACCGGAAUACCAAUUCGAUUUCUACAAGCUGGAAAUGACUGAGGAUAAACUCGACGCCAAUGGCCGAACGUACCGUGCAAAUUUGGGGUCUUGUGGAAUCAGCAAGUAUGCUCGCAACGAAACCGUAACUUCUUGUGGUGACUUCGAAGGUUGCACACAUGUGAACCUAGAGAUUUUCGCGUACAGCCACGGGCCGCCCGAUCACGCAAGGCUCGUGAGUGGAGUAGAAGGCAUAUUUGUACCCGGUCAAGAUCCCGAUCCUCCGUCAAACCUAUCAAUGGUGCAGAUAUCAUCCGCAACUACGCGUCUCCAUUGGGAACCUCCUGUUAAAUUGCAUGGAAGAUUCCACGGAUACACCAUAAAGAAAUGCGAGAAGUUUACUUCAUGUGAACGAGGAGAAAGCAUGCAUGCUUGCUCCGAAAGCCACACGCUUGAAGAAUGGCUGGACAUUAUUAACUACAUCAACAGCAAACUUUGCGUGCUGGUGAUAGCAAGGGCAAGAUGCAGAUCACAAACAUUAAGCAGUCGGCCACUGGUUGGAAAACUUACAAACAUUUCAUUUGGUAAGGAUGCACAUUUCUUCUAUAUAUGAGUGAUCUCGUGUCUGAGAGAGGGCG